GAACCCUUUGUCAACAACCUGGACCGUAUCUUGGACCACUCUAUUCUGCACUGCAGAAUGCCUACUACUACUGCCCCACCUCACCUCGCGACGGCACUGCAAAUAUGGGACCGUCUGCAGGAAAUCAAGAAGAACAGGGAUAUCCAGUUGGACGGCAACAGCUUGGAUAUUGCCGCCGUCGUGGCCACUGCCUACUAUGGCUGCAUUCCCCGGCUGUCUGAUGAUCCGAGGGUGGUCCAACGUAUCACCGAAAGUGUCAAUGUGCUGAUGGACCAUCUGGAUCUCGGAUAUUGCGUUUACGUAGGCGUCAAUACGGGCUUCGGUGGCAGCGCAGACUCGCGGACAGAUCAAGCGACGUCCCUACAGGCUGCUCUACUGCAAUUGACACAGGCGGGAGUUUUGGUCGCCGCGGACAAGGAGCCCGAACGCACGGAUGACCUCUCCCCUGGACCCCACUCAAUGCCCGCUGCCUGGGUGCGUGGUUCCAUCGUUACGCGGGUCAACAGCAAUGCCCGUGGACACUCGGCCGUGACUGUUCACGUGCUAGACGGUCUUCUUCAGCUGCUUCGGCAUCGAAUCACCCCCAUUGUUCCGCUGCGUGGCUCGGUGUCCGCCUCCGGUGAUCUGAUACCCCUUUCCUACAUGGCCGGUACGGUCGAAGGUAGCCCGGAUAUCUACGUUCAGGUCGAGGGCCCAGGAGGGCCGCGCAUUAUGACGGCGAAAGAUGCCCUUGCGGCGGCGGGCAUUGAGCCCCGCACGAUGGGCCCCAAAGAGGGCUUGGGUCUGAUCAACGGAACCGCCGUCUCGGCCGCCGUGGCCUCGCUCGCCCUCCACGAGACGCACCAGCUUGCCCUUCUAGUCCAGGCACUGUCAGCCAUGGGACUCGAGGCUCUCACGGGGACUGCCGAACCCUUCCAUCCCUUCGUCUCGGCUACGCGGCCCCACGACGGUCAGAUCGAAUGCGCCGCCAAUGUGCUCGCCCUGUUGCAGGGCAGCCAGCUGGCCGUGGGUAUCAACAACCGACCGGACCGCACCCGCACCGGCCUUAUCCAGGAUCGCUACGCAUGGCGCAGCGUACCCCAAUGGGUCGGGCCCCAGCUGGAGGACCUGAUGCUGGCCCACCGGCAGGUCAGCACGGAGCUGAACUCAUCGAGCGACAACCCUCUCAUCGACACGAUCAACGGGGACAUCUACUCUGGCGCCAACUUCCAAGCCGCAUCAAUCACAUCUGCGAUGGAAAAGACGCGGACGGCCUUGCAAAUGCUAGGCAGGCUGGUAUUUGCGCAGGCAACGGAGCUCGUCGACCCGAACUACAACAACGGGCUCCCGACCAACCUCGCCGCUGACGACCCGUGUCUGAGCUUCACCAUGAAGGGCGUCGACAUCUCCAUGGCUGCUUACAUGGCGGAGCUGGCGUAUGUGUCACACCCGGUGAGCGCACACACCCAGACGGCCGAGAUGCGCAACCAAGCCAUCAACUCCCUGGCGCUGGUGUCUGCGCGGUAUACCAUGCAUGCCGUCGAGCUGGCAUCACUGCUCUGCGCUGCCCAUUUAUAUAUCAUAUGCCAGGCGCUGGACCUGCGCGCGCUGCACCAGCAAUUUUUAGCGAUAGUGACGGAAAAGGUCGCGGCCGUCACGCGGGAGACCAUCAUCGACUGCACCGCGACCACCGAUGAAGAAGCGUCGUCUGUCUCCGCCGCCAUCUGCGCGACUCUGGCCAGUGCGUGGGCGAACACAACGCGGUGCGACCUAUCCGAGCGGUGCGCGCAGACAGCCCAGGCAGCCGUGCCUGUCUUAUGCACAGCCGGGGCGUGCACCUCAACGCUGCGAGUAGCGGACGUGAACGCGUGGCAGGGGCGGGUAGCGACCACACUCCACGAGACAUUCAACACAGUCAAAGGUGACUUCCUGAGAGCCCCACACACGGAGUCUCUCCUGGGAGUGGGCGCGCGCGCCUUGUACCGCGCUGUGCGGAUUGAUCUGGGCGUGCCGUUUCAUCAGGGGUUUGUGGAGCAUCCGACGGCUGAUAGUACUGAGUUGGAUGGACGGGCAAAAAGGACGGUUGGAUCGUGGGUGUCUGUUAUUUAUGAGAGUUUGCGGAGGGGCGAGCUGCAGGGGAGGCUGAUGGAGGUUUUGGGCAGUCUUUGA